AUGUUCCUCACCAGGUCAGAGUAUGACCGCGGUGUCAACACCUUCUCGCCGGAGGGUCGCCUCUUCCAAGUCGAAUACGCAAUCGAAGCCAUCAAGCUCGGCUCAACUACAGUCGGCAUCAAGACGAAUGAGGGAGUAGUACUCGGCGUAGAGAAGCGCGUCCAAUCCUCUCUCCUCGAGCACGACUCCAUCGAGAAGAUCAUGGAGAUCGACUCGCACGUUGGAUGCGCCAUGUCCGGUUUGGUCGCCGAUGCGAGGACCAUGGUCGAGCAUGCCAGGACGACAGCUCAGAACCAUGCAUUUGUAUACGAUGAGGAUAUCCAGGUCAGCAGCGUCACGCAGGCUGUUUGUGAUUUGGCUCUGCGCUUUGGAGAAUCAGUGGCUGGGGAGGAGGCAAUGAUGUCUCGCCCGUUCGGUGUGGCCCUGCUCAUUGCAGGAUACGAUGCCAAGGGAGGCCCGCAACUGUACCACGCAGACCCGUCUGGCACCAGCAUCCGAUACGAGGCUAAAGCUAUCGGCUCAGGACAAGAGGGGGCCCAGGGAGAGCUGCAGGACAAGUACCGCAAGGACAUGACCCUGCGCGAGGCCGAGGUGCUCGCACUGAGGUUGCUGAGGCAGGUCAUGGAGGAGAAGCUCGACGAGAAGAAUGUGCAGCUCGCCGUCGUCACGCCUAGAGUUCCAGAGGUGGGCGAGGACGGCAAGAAGAUGGGAAGUGGAGGGACGGGGAGCAGGCCUAGGAUGAAGGGCGGGUUCAGGAUCUUGGAGGAGGAUGAGGUCAAGACGCUCGUUGCCGAGAUGUAG